CUAGCUGGCGGGAUCCCUGACUUACUUUUGCUCUCUGGCUGCCUGCUGUCUCGAGCAAUGGAUGCACAGCUGGUCAUAGCUCUGCUGGCUCUCACCUCCCUGGGUGCUGCAUCUGAACUGGACUGCAAAGAGCUGGUCAAGCCUCUGGUACUAGACAGCCACAGCCCUAUCUACGGCAAGUGGGUGCUCCAUGUGGGCUCAUGGGACAAGCCUGGCCUGAAGAGCGACCUGGUGACGGUGAACGGCUCCUGGGUGGAUCUGUCGCCCUCCUCAGACAGCGGAGUCAUCUCCAUCUACUGGUCCGACCGCCUAAAUGGAAAUAGAUGCCUGCAGGGGUUAGCCAAUGCCACCAUCUCAGGGAUGACCAGUCACACCACUUUUAAUAUCAAUGGUCACACUUCAUAUCAUGAUGGGAAGUACUAUGAGACCUGCUCCGACUGCCUCCUGUCUGAAGACACCACUCUCCUCCCUGAUGGAAAGUCUAAGGGACGAUACCUCUACCUCUUUACACGAACCGGCACAUUGGAGCCAUCUGAGUUGGAAACCUUCAAGAAGCAGGCUGAAUGUCUUAAAUUCCUCCCAGAGUACCACUUUGGAGGAACAGAACUGUGUCCAGAUGUCAGGGUCGCCGCUUUGCCUACUGCGGAGAGUACAGAGAACAAUCAAACCGACGUUGAGCCUCCUGCAAAGUGAACCACAGCAAAGAGAUGUGCCAACGCUUUGAUCUGCAUCGACCCACCCAAACUCAUUCAGCUUAACAUGUGCUUAAUAAUGUUGUAAUGAGAUCUGCAUGCGCUGUGGAUUAACUUAACGCCAUGCGUUCUGUCGUUGCCUUGUUUCAGCAGCAGCAACGCCGUUUGACCUUUCGCUAGUUAGUGUAAUAAAUGUGCUGUAUGAAAAGUUAAGAAGACUCUGGCAGGCACACUGGUGCCUGGAAAUCCACUUAAACGGCUCGUUCAAAUCCUUUUAAAAAGUAGUUGAGUAACUUUUUCUUAUUGCCUUGUGAAGUAAAUAAAACUGCUCUCAGUACCACUCUG